UUUGCUCUUUUGCUCGUGGCAAGGCAAACUGACCGUCAGCUAGCAACGGUGCCGGGGCAUACCGGCCUUUAUUGAGUUUUAUUUAUUCUGUUCCUCAUUCUCUCCAGAUGCGAUCGCCGAUCGCUGUGCGCAGUGCAUCCCUGUUUCGACAACAAAAUAAUGUUAUCGUGUUCAUUUGAAGACUUCUGUAAUUAUUCAAAAAGAGAAGUUUUAACGUAAUCGUGAUUUGUUAUGUUUUGUGGUCAAGUGUUGAUUGUAACCAUUUAAAUAUUGUUUAAAGUAUUUAGUUAAAUUUUGUGUACAAAAUAGUUCUUAUUUUGAAUUGACUAACUUCGUUUACAUUAUGAAUUAUAUUGGAAUUCAUUUAUUAAUAUUAAACGUUAUUUAUUCCGUGACGGGAGGAACACCGGAAAUAAAGACGAAUACCCAAAACGACGCAUGUUUUGCACGAGCAGCAUCUUGCGAGGCAGCCCCUUCGAAUGCCCGACGAUCCGUAUGCGGCACGGAUGGGCGAACCUACUCUUCGAGGUGUCAUCUCUUGAAGGCACAAUGCUCCGGUGCGCCAGUCGCCUUUGCACAUAAAGGCCAAUGCAUUGAGGGCCAGUCAUCAUGCCUGAUUGCGUUGCGUUAUGCGAUGAGUGCGCGCACCGGGCGCCGCGCGACUUUUGUACCGCGAUGUCGCGCUGACGGCACGUAUGCGCCGGUGCAGUGCGCAGCCGCCGGCACCGCUGCGGGAUGCUGGUGCGUCACGCCCGAAGGCAAGACCUUGCCGGACACCGCCGUGAGGAACGGAAGACCAGAUUGCACUAGGACUGGUAAAUCACAUACGAGGCGCAGAUCGUCAGUUCGUGACCAGCGGAAUAAAAGAAGUUGCACCCGGCUGGAUCGCGCGCAGUUCAAUGCGAAUCUAAUCAAGAUCUUCAGUGGGGAGUUUGAUAGGGCUCGUCACGAGGGUGUCUCCACCGACCCCCGAGCCGUGGCCGACUGGAAGUUUCGAGAGCUGGACAGAGACAAGAGUGGCUCUCUUCAGAAGUCUGAGUACAGAGGGCUGCGGAGACUUAUUAAAAAAGUAGUUAAACCGAAGCGCUGCGCACGCGCAUGGGCCCCCGGUUGUGAUGGAGACGGCAACGGCGAGAUCGCUAGGGCGGAGUGGACGGCAUGCCUGCUCGCCACCCCGGAACCACCUGCACCGGACUACGACGACAGUGGACCCGAAGUGGAGCCCGAUUACAACGAGGAGGAGACGCUCCCGGAUCCUAGCGCAGUUCUCCCUGGGAUAAUGAGAAACUCGUUUGCUCCGGACGGCCCCGACGCGGACUCUAGAAGGGAAGAUGAAGCUAACGACUGCCUUACAGAUAGACAAGCCGUUUUAGAUGAACAGAAAGCUGGCGGCUCAGUUCUCUACGUGCCCGAGUGUACCGGAGAUGGGCGGUAUGCGCGCGCGCAGUGCUACCGUUCCACCGGGUACUGCUGGUGCGUCCACCAGGACACCGGGAAACCUAUACCUGGAUCUUCGGUCAAGGAUGUGAAGCCUGACUGCGACUCCGCCCCACAGCAUGCUAGUCCAAUGAGAGGGUGCCCUGAAAAUGUGAAGACCAAAUUCCUAAGCGACUUGAGAAGUUUCUUCAUCACUAAGAUGACGAGCGCAACUAAUGGCACGGGCCCUGGAGAAAUGGUGAAGUGGGGCGCGUCGAACGAAGAACAAGCGGCCACUUGGACGUAUGUGAUGUUAGACAAGGACAAAAACAAAGCUUUAGAGCGGCGGGAGUGGAAGGGAUUCCACCAGCUCAUAGCAAACGUGGAUCAUCUCAGGAAGUGCGGGAGGAAACUGCCGCGAUACUGUGAUGUGAACCAUGACACCAAGAUCAGUAUUACAGAAUGGAUGGCUUGUUUGGAGGUCGUGCAGGCUUCGCAGGGGCGCACUACCGAAGCACCAAAGCCUCCAUCAAACCCUAGGAGGAAGGGGCCAAACCCUUUGGAGUCGAUACUCAAGCCUGAUGAUUAGUCAUUAAAAUAGAUAAAGAAAUCUGUUGGUGCCAGUGUUAAAAAUUGGUGGGUAAAGUCAGAAGGGUAUUAAGGGUAUACUACUAAACAUUUUUCAUUAAUCUUAUAGCAGGAAUACAUUUUUCUUAUAAUUUUUUUAUACAAACAUAUUUUUAAUGGAAAAUUAUGUUAAUUGAGUCGCUGAAUAUAUAAAAAAACCUAUCCUAUACAAAAAUAGGAUAUUUUUGUAUAGGAUAGGUUUUCACUCAAUUCAAACAUUGUACAUACUUAUAUGAUAAUCUUCAAGGGGGAGACAUAUACUAUAUAAGGCUCAAUUUACCAUAUACCCCUUUUGAAAACAAUGGCAUUUUAUGUGUAAAUUUUAUUAUAAAACAGUCACGCAGGCAUCGUUUUUAUCUUAGAUAAGAAUGAAUAAUUGUCUUUUUUUUUGGUAGCUAGGUAAUAGGGAACUAUGUGCCAUGUAAAAAGUGACUAAGGGUGCUUAUUCACUGCAUAUAUGUAAGAACACUUUGAAUAAGUGCUUGUUAUUAAUAUUAGUGAGUGAGCUACAUAGAAUAAUGAAUAAGUACCUGGGUGAACGAGCGGUGCUUGGUGGACGUCACAAAAAUCUUAAAAAACAUACAUACAUAAAAUCACGCCUCUUUCCCGGAGGGGUAGGCAGAGACUACCUCUUUCCACUUGCCACGAUCCCUGCAUACUUCCUUUGCUUCAUCCACAUUCAUAACUCUCUUCAUGCAAGCUCGGCGGUUUCGGGUACUUUUGACCUGACCCUUUACCAGGACGUCCUUAAUUUGAUCAAGAUAUGUUCGUCUAGGUCUUCCCACCCCGACCUUUCAGUCAACCUAUUUUCAUUCAUCCUCUCCACAUGACCGAACCAUCUCAACAUACCCUUUUCUAUUCCUGUAACUACAUCUUCUUUCAUAUCACAACAUUCCCUUAUCACGCUGUUCCUUAUCCGGUCACUCAAUUUCACACCCAACAUACUCCUUAACGCUCUCAUUUCCACUGCAUUUAUUCUGCUUUCGUGCUUCUUUUGCCAUGCCCAACUUUCACUCCCAUACAUUAAUGUCGGGAACAACACGGCCCAGUGCAGCCAGUCGAGCCUUUUUGGAUAGUUUCUGACUGCUCAUAAAGGCAUGCAAAGCUCCAUUCACCAUGUUCCCCGCGUUCACUCUCCUUUCAAUAUCACUAUCACACUUGCCAUCUGAUGUAAACUUUGAUCCUAGAUAUACAAACUCUUUCACUUGCUCAACUUUUUCUCCUCCAAUCAAAAUAUUACAUGCUGUCAUUUCUUUCUCCAUCUUAAAAAAAUGGUAAAAAAAAACUGUUGCCAGGGAUCGAACGCAGACACAUUCGACUUUAAUGCCGAAUUUACCUGGGUUCCCGUGGCCGUGGUUGCCGCGCUGAGAUGGGAAAGUGCCCUUAGAGAACUAGCUAGUUCUGUUGACUAAAGAAAUCUUUCUUGUAUGUUUUUAUAAUGAACUUCUAUAUAAAUUGACAUGUGACGUUAAUGUAUUUAAAAAAAUAUUAAAAAAAUACAAUAUAUAUUUAUGUAUAUUAAUAAAUCUGUGAAGUAACCUUCACAAAACCUUAAAUUUCUGACAAAGUGAGAUUUAUAACUUAUUUUUAAUUAUGUAUUCCUUUGGCAGUAUUAUGAACCUGCUGCAUAUUAUAUAGAAAAUUCGGAAAAAAAAUAAAUCAAUAACAUGUAGAAUAAUAAUGCUCUAUCGUUGCAAAACAUAAUAUUUACUCGAAUCAUUAUGGUAUCUGUUAACUAACAGUAUUGUCUAUAUUAAGGAUAUUUUGUUUGUAUUGUCGUGUAUAUUAAAUAAGUAUAUAAUUUUAUGAUGUAUAAUAAUCAAGUAAAAAAUAGGAGUUUUAAAUACGAUUUCCUUAAUUCCUUCUUAAAUAUUGGAUACCAAUCGAUAGGUAGAAGGUUGUUUGUUCUAUUUAUACGUUAAAAUAAUAGUAGCAACAGCGUAUGUGUGUACUGGAAAACAUUACUACUAUUCUCAUCUUGGACCGACUAGACAGGACAGUGGUUUACGGGCAAAAGGUCCUUGGAACCAUCACCAGCAGAGUGGGGUUUUCUAGGAUCAGUUAUACAAACCCGCAUGAGGCGGUUUUGCCCUAAAAAUUCUUAAUUAUAAAUGAUUUAGUGUUUAUUUUAUAAGACUAAAACUAUUUAUAAUGUAGUUAGUGUCAAAAUGUAAGGACUAUGUGAUAUUUCUCAUUAUUAUUUUUGAUUAAUAAAUAAUUUAAUUGAAACAAUCUACUUUCAUUGCC